AUGAGUUUCGACAAAAAUGACGGAUUCAACAACCUUUUCGGUGAGGAAAAAGACGUGGUGAAAGGUUCGGAUGGCUCACUUAAUUUCUACUCCAACGAUACCAACGCUACUCCAAACAUUUUGCUGGAACAACUGGCGUACGUUGAUAACUUCAUGCCCGAUUUCGAAAGCGACCUUACUUCCUUCGAUGGUCCGGCUCACGGAGCAGAGCUGGGUGCCGCCGGUUUGGGACUCGACGAUCGGCUCGCUGCCGAGCUCAGCGCUUUUGCCGAUGAAACCUUCAUUUUUCCUGAUGAGGAGAAACCCGCCGAUCAUGGGAAUAAUAACAACAACGACCACAACGACAACAACAACAACGACAACGAUCCCUUUUCGCGAGCAAGCUCUUCAGCUCCUGCUGCAUCCACCCCCGCCUCUGCUUCGGCAUCGGCUUCAGCAUCUGCAUCGAGCCCAAACAUAUACGCCGUGGGGACGACCACAGACACUGGCGCCGGAACAGACUUUCCUCCGCCUCAAAAUCGUAGCUCCAGAUUUCUGUCACAGCGUCGCAACAACUUUCUCGCAUCUCAGCAUGACAACUCGCGACAAAGAUUUUCUUCUAAAAAUCGGCAGUUCGAAUCAAGUCGAUCACCUUCGGAUGAUCAUGGUGGGUUCACGAACGUCGAUAUCGGCGAAGGUCCUCCUCAACCGUUCGCCCAACCUGGAGUCCCUUAUGUAAAUUCUCCGCUUAACAACUUGGUUUCAGAUUCGAACUCACAAACCGUUGAACUGCCGUCUAAUAGUUCGAACACGCCAUUUUUUACUCCUCCAACACAGCGGAACGGCAGUCUAUCACAACCCUCAUCCAAUCAAAACCUGCCGUCGGAUAUUCACAUGCCAAACUAUUCUUCAAUACCGACUAGCACGUUACUGACGCUACUGCCGAAAGCGAGAGUACCGACAGGCGCUCGAAACGCACUACGUGCCGCAGGAUUGCAAUCAGAGGAAAUUGAUUCCAUUGCUGCAAUAAUCGCUUACCAUCAAAUGAACAAAAGCGCAAAUCCAAAUGCAGGUAGUGAGAUUUCUCUCUCAAAUUUUCAAAAUCUGCUCACUAGUGAUAAUGCUGCCAGUCUCUUACUACAAUUUUUAUCGGAUCACAAGAGACCAAUCCAGCAAGCACAGUCUUCCAACAUCUCAAAUCGUGAUGCGAACAUUCAAAACAGGACGGUAGGAUCUGAGGCAACUGCAGAUAAUUUAUUCGAUAGUUUCUUCAACACAGAUUCUGUGAAGCACGAAGCGGGUACUGCGCAAAGGGAGCCCAGUCGACGGGCUUCGCUACAGAAUAACAGCAGGCGAUCAGAACGCUCUUCAUCACCGGAUAAAGAAUAUACGAGAUCAGACCAAGUUGCACUGGAUUCUAGAAAUUCAAACGUUGAUCGCGGAUCCAAAGAGUUGAAACACCUGGAAAAACGUACCAAACCACAUCCGAAACGAAAGAUAAAGGAGCAAGAAAUGGAAGGCUCAAUUCAAGAAUUAAGCGAGCUUGCGUUGAACUUACAACAACGCAUUCACACGUUGGAGAUGGAAAACAGACUCUUGAAGAAUUUGGUAAUGGAAAGAGGGGAGCUUAAGGCCGUUGAAGAGGUCGAAAAUGUUCGGCGCGAAUUGCUGCGAAAAAUUAAAGAGGAUAGGAAGGAUGACAACAAUGGGCCAGUCAAGAACGAACCCAAGAGUUGA